AUGGAAUGUUUGAAAUUCGUGGUUGGAACAUUCCUCCUCCUCCUUUCCACCCCGGCGAGAUGCGACGAAGACGGACUCUUCUGGAUCGGCGUCGGCAUCGCUGACUGCACCGGGCCUGCUGCUGGAAUCGGCUUGGUGGUGAGGAGACUCCAGGAAGAAUUCGGCGGAAUAUAUCACCAGGAAAAUGUGAUCCUUUCCGGGACCCACACGCACUCCGGACCGGCCGGCUUUCUCCAGUACCUCCUCUUCCAGAUCACGAGCCUGGGGUUCUCGGAAGAAACUUACAACGCUAAUGUGGAUGGCAUCGUCAAUAGCAUAAGGGCCGCUCACGGAAACCUGCAGCCCGGUAACGUCUACUACAACGAAGGAGAACUGUUGGAGGCCAACGUCAAUCGAAGCCCAAUUUCGUACCUCAACAACCCUCCAGAGGAACGCGUUCAGUACGAAUACGACGUGGACAAGAUACUGCAGCUGCUGAAGUUCCAGUCGCUUGCUGGCGAUCCGUUGGCCAUGUUCACCUGGUUCCCCGUCCAUGCUACUUCCAUGAACAACACCAACAAGCUCCUUUCGGGUGACAACAAAGGAGUUGCAUCCAUGAUCGUGGAGGCUGCCUUCAAUCCGGGUGCACUGCCUGGCAAGGGAUCAUUUGUGGCCGGUUUCGCAGCAUCCAACUUAGGAGACGUGAGCCCCAACAUCAAGGGUCCAAGGUGCAUCGACACCGGGGAACCGUGCGAUCCCGUCACUUCUGCCUGUGGAGGGACCGUCGGCAACUGCAUCGCGUUCGGGCCCGGUGACAAUAUGGAAGAGUCCACCUGGAUCAUCGGAGAGCGCCAGGCCAACAAAGCUAUGGAACUUUUCGAAGACGUAGCAAAUCUACGACUUCUGACGGGAACGGUGAAGUACGUGCAUCAAUUCGUGGACAUGACAAACGUCGUCGUGGAGCGCCGGGAUAUUUUCGGUCACAUGCGUCAGGGGAGGACGUGUAAGCCCGCGAUGGGAUACAGCUUCGCGGCUGGCACGACGGAUGGACCCGGAAUGUUCGACUUCACACAAGGAGAAACAGACACCAAUCCAUUUUGGGACUUCGUGGCCGAUUUUAUUCAAGAUCCGACUCCCGAGCAGGUUGCAUGCCAUGCACCGAAGCCCAUCCUCCUCGAUACCGGAGAGAUCGGAUGGCCAUACCUCUGGCAGCCCGAGAUCGUGGACACGCAGAUCGGUCUGAUCGGAGACUUGGCGAUUGCGGCCGUCCCGGGAGAAUUCACCACCAUGUCCGGGAGGAGGCUCCGGAACGACAUGACUCAAGUCCUCGAAUCGCACGGGGCCGAGAAUCCGACCGUCGUCAUCGCAGGGCUAUCCAACACUUACUCAGAUUACAUCACGACCUACGAGGAGUAUCAGGCCAGUGACGUUGUCCAGAGGUACGAAGCAGGUUCUACGAUUUACGGCCCCCAUACGCUUCAGGCGUACCUGAAUCAAUACGUGUACAUUCUGGAGUCUGUGCUCUCGGGCGCCACAGUGCCUCCCGGGCCCACGCCUCCAGACUUGCUCGACAAAAUGCUGAUCAUCCCACCCGUGCUCUUCGAUACUGCCCCGGGUGGAACCGAUUUCGGAGAUUGCACCGUGCCGCCUCCUGCCACCGUCAACCGUGGAGACGUCAUCCGCGUCGACUUCAUCACGGGACAUCCGCGAAACAACGUGAGACACGGAGACACUUUCCUCGCCGUGGAACGUCUUCUCGACACCGGCGAAUGGGAGCGAAUCGCAGUCGAUGCCAACUGGGAAACCAAUCGCUUUACUGUACGGACACUCCAGGGAGCAACGAUGGAAUGUUUGAAAUUCGUGGUUGGAACAUUCCUCCUCGUUUCCACCCCGGCGAGAUGCGACGAAGACGGACUCUUCCGGAUCGGCGUCGGCAUCGCUGACUGCACCGGGCCUGCUGCCGGAAUCGGCUUGAUGGGGUACGCCAACCCGAGUCAGACAGGAGCUGGAAUCCACAUGAGGCAGUUUGCCAGGACAUUCAUCAUCUGCGACGAUCCUGGAGAGUGCCUUGUCUUCGUGAUCGCUGACAUGGGCAUGAUGGACACAGCCGUGAAGACGGGGGUGGUGAGGAGACUCCAGGAAGAAUUCGGCGGAAUAUAUCACCAGGAAAAUGUGAUCCUUUCCGGGACCCACACGCACUCGGGAACGGCCGGUUUUCUUCAGUACCUCCUCUUCCAGAUCACGAACCUGGGGUUCUCGGAAGAAACUUACAACGCUAAUGUGGAUGGCAUCGUCAAUAGCAUAAGGGCCGCUCACGGAAACCUGCAGCCCGGUCACGUCUACUACAACGAAGGAGAACUGCUGGAGGCCAACGUCAAUCGAAGCCCAAUUUCGUACCUCAAUAAUCCUCCAGAGGAACGCGCUCAGUACGAAUACGACGUGGACAAGAUACUGCAACUGCUGAAGUUCCAGUCGCUCGCAGGCGAUCCGUUGGCCAUGUUCACCUGGUUCCCCGUCCAUGCUACUUCCAUGAACAACACCAACAAGCUCCUUUCGGGUGACAACAAAGGAGUUGCAUCCAUGAUCGUGGAGGCUGCCUUCAAUCCAGGUGCACUGCCUGGCAAGGGAUCAUUUGUGGCCGGUUUCGCAGCAUCCAACUUAGGAGACGUGAGCCCCAACAUCAAGGGUCCAAGGUGCAUCGACACCGGGGAACCGUGCGAUCCCGUCACUUCCGCUUGCGGAGGGACCGUCGGCAACUGCAUCGCGUUUGGGCCCGGUGACAACAUGGAAGAGUCCACCUGGAUCAUCGGGGAGCGCCAGGCCAAUAAAGCCUUGGAACUUUUCGAAGACACAGCAAAUCUACGACUUCUGACGGGAAUGGUGAAGUACGUGCAUCAAUUCGUGGAUAUGACAAACGUCGUCGUGGAGCGCCGGGAUAUUUUCGGUCAUAUGCGCGAGGGGAGGACGUGCAAGCCCGCGAUGGGAUACAGCUUCGCGGCUGGCACGACGGAUGGACCCGGAAUGUUCGACUUCACUCAAGGAGAAACGGACUCCAAUCCAUUUUGGAAUUUCGUGACCGAUUUGAUUCAAGAUCCGACCCCAGAGCAGGUUGCAUGUCAUGCACCGAAGCCCAUCCUCCUCGAUACCGGCGAGAACGGAGCCCUGUGCCACAUGGCUGGCUUCGCGUUCCAAGCCAUGGAAGAGACUGAGGUUCGGGUCCAGAAAAAGUCGACCGAGGAACUGUCAGACCAAGACACCCGGAACACCCGUGGCUCAGGUUCCAGGAGUCUUCUGCUUGGGCCCCACCCUAUAAAUCGGACCUCGUUCGUGACCAGGAUCGGAUGGCCAUACCUCUGGCAGCCCGAGAUCGUGGACACGCAGAUCGGUCUGAUCGGAGACUUGGCGAUUGCGGCCGUCCCGGGAGAAUUCACCACCAUGUCCGGGAGGAGGCUCCGGAACGACAUGACUCAAGUCCUCGAAUCGCACGGGGCCGAGAAUCCGACCGUCGUCAUCGCAGGGCUAUCCAAUACCUACUCGGAUUACAUCACGACUUACGAGGAGUAUCAGGCCAGUGACCUUGUCCAGAGGUACGAAGCAGGUUCAACGAUUUACGGCCCCCAUACGCUUCAGGCGUACCUGAAUCAAUACGUGUACCUCCUGGAGUCCGUGCUUUCGGGCGCCACAGUGCCUCCCGGGCCCACGCCUCCAGACUUGCUUGACGAAAUGCUGACCUUCAUUCCACCCGUGCUCUUCGAUACUGCCCCGGGUGGAACCGAUUUCGGAGAUUGCACCGUGCCGCCUCCUGCCACCGUCAACCGUGGAGACGUCAUCCGUGUCGACUUUAUCACGGGACAUCCGCGAAACAACGUGAGACACGGAGACACUUUCCUUGCCGUGGAACGUCUUCUCGACACCGGCGAAUGGGAGCGAAUCGCAGUCGAUGCCAACUGGGAAACCAAGUACGAGUGGGAGAAUACGAAUUUCUUUUUGGGCGAAAGCGUGGCCCACAUCACGUGGCACGUCCCCGCCGAUGCCACACCUGGCACCUACAAGAUUCGACACUUCGGGGAGCAGAAAGACAUCUUCAAGGCCAUCACUUCUUUCGAGGGAGAAUGCCCGCAGUUCCAAGUCGUCUGAGACGUUUAAUCCCGAGUUCAGCUGCGCUGAGUUCGCGUCGGUUACUUCAUCGAUGGCAAAAAUAAAGUUUCUGAGAAGAU